UGAGCUAAUAAUCCGCUAACAUAUAUGCAUUUCUAAGACUCUUUGAGAGUACUUAUGAAAUUAGUUUACGACAUAAGUUGUUUUCUUAUUAUUUUUAUAAGCUCUCACUAAUAGCUUAUCAAAAUAGCUACUAGUUUACAUGAAAAAAGAUUUUACUUUAUCUUUUUCUUUUUUUAUGUAGACAUGGCUUAUAUAUAAGCAUGUAUAUGAUAAGCACUUAUUUUAUGUUAUUUAUUUUGAUGGUACAAAAUAUUAAACUAACUUAUACUUGGUAGGUUGUUCAGGUUAGGUUCAUUCUUAAGGGACUUUCCUUUGCAACAUCCUCUUCUUCAUUGAGAGUUGUUAUCAAAAGAUUUAGGAUAUCAUGGACGAUAAUGAUAUCUCAAAUAAUGCAGUCAAGAACAAGUGGACAAUGCCUCUAUCAGUUUUCUUCAAAGAUGCAAGCCUUGUAUUCAAGAUGGAUUCCCUGGCUAAGGAGAUACUUGGGAUUGCAUUCCCAUCUGCACUUGCUGUUGCUGCUGAUCCAAUUGCUUCUCUUAUAGACACAGCAUUCAUAGGCCACUUAGGGCCGGUUGAACUUGCGGCAGCAGGAGUUUCCAUUGCUGUGUUCAACCAAGCUUCAAGGAUUACCAUUUUUCCUUUGGUCAGUAUUACAACUUCCUUUGUAGCUGAAGAAGAUACUAUGGAUAGAAUCAAUACCAAAGCAGCAGAAAAACAGUUCAAUGAAAGCGGUAAGGCCAAGUCGAAUGAAGUAAUGCCUGAUGAUCAUUUGCUUCAAGACAUAGAAGCAGGUGCAACCAAACAAGAUAGUACCUUGAAAAAUGGAGAUGAUGCAAAUUCAAAUAUAAGCAAGUCUUCUAUUGUUACUAAUAGUAGUAACAAGAGUGAGUCAAAACCUAUAAGGAAGAAGAGGCACAUUGCUUCAGCAUCAACAGCAUUACUUUUUGGCACAGUUCUUGGCCUUAUUCAAGCUGCAACCCUUAUAUUUGCAGCUAAACCUCUAUUAGGUGCAAUGGGUUUAAAAUAUGAUUCUCCUAUGCUUGUCCCAGCUGUUAAGUACUUAAGAUUGAGAGCCUUAGGUGCUCCUGCAGUGCUUCUCUCCUUGGCCAUGCAAGGAAUCUUUAGAGGGUUCAAAGACACAACAACUCCUUUAUAUGUCAUCGUUUCCGGGUACGCAUUGAAUGUCGCCAUGGAUCCACUACUCAUAUUUUACUUCAAAUUAGGCAUCAGAGGUGCAGCCAUUUCACAUGUUCUUUCUCAGUACAUUAUGGCAACUUUACUCUUGUUUAUACUAAUGAAAAAAGUAGAUCUCCUACCUCCAAGCAUGAAGGAUUUGCAGAUUUUCAGGUUUCUUAAAAAUGGUGGUCUAUUGUUGGCCAGAGUUAUAGCAGUGACAUUCUGCGUGACCUUAUCAGCCUCAUUAGCAGCAAGGUUAGGUCCAAUUCCAAUGGCUGCAUUCCAAACCUGUCUACAAGUUUGGAUGACAUCAUCCCUUCUCGCUGAUGGUUUAGCGGUUGCAAUACAGGCAAUUCUCGCAUGUUCCUUUGCUGAGAAAGACUAUAAUAAAGUAACUACUGCGGCAACAAGAACACUUCAAAUGAGUUUUGUUUUAGGGGUUGGACUGUCUCUAGUAGUUGGAGGUGGAUUAUACUUUGGAGCCGGAGUAUUUUCCAAAAAUGUUGCUGUUAUUCACCUAAUCCGACUAGGCCUCCCGUUUGUUGCUGCAACACAACCAAUCAAUUCGUUAGCCUUUGUCUUUGAUGGUGUGAACUAUGGAGCAUCUGAUUUCGCUUAUUCAGCAUACUCCUUGGUCAUGGUCUCAAUAGCAAGUGUUACUUCUUUAUUCUUUCUAUACAAGAGUAAGGGUUUUAUUGGUAUCUGGAUUGCACUAACCAUCUAUAUGAGUCUUCGCAUGUUUGCUGGUGUAUGGAGGAUGGGAACAGGAACAGGACCCUGGCGUUUUCUCAGAGGCCAAUCAUUGUCUUGAGGAUAUAUCUUACAAAAAUAAACUUCAUUGUGUAGUAGCAUAUCAAAUUUUACAUCACUUUUCAUCCUUUAGGAUCAAUUGUCUGUUUUUUAGGACAUGAAGACUUCUCUCUACUAUAGUGAUAGUCUUGCACUGCUCCAUUUAUACGUGCUAGUGUUGUAUCCAGUAUCGUCAAUGUUGUCAAUUGCAGAUUGUGGAAAACAGCGGUUCGCUCAAAUUCCUCGACACUUUGUAGUUUGUACUAAAUAGUGUAUCGCGGAACAAUCGCAAUUAGACCUGAUUCUUCUACGCUAUGGCGCUGUAGUGCUGCUAUAGCCCCUAUUUGACAACACUGAGUAUCGUCAAGUUUUUUCUCCCUCUUGAUGUAUCAUUAAUGUGAUUUUGUUGUAAUUUGAAGAUUAUUCUUCAACCUGUCAGUAUAUGUAAACUCGAAUGCAUAAUGAAAAAUAAAUUGAUAUACAAUCACUUGAA